CUUGUUCUUGGCGAAGGAAAUGGAUGACAAGCUAACGGGAAUACAAAAGAGAUGAGAAGAAGUUGUGGAAGUAGCAAGUGUAGACAUCUUCCAGGAAUAUCAGAUCCUGACCUUUCCGGUAGUCGGUCCAGGUGCGGAUGCAGACAGGUGGACGGUCCGACAUGCUGCAUGUGCUUCUGAUUCUCUGCGUGGCUAACGGAGUUACGGCGUCCACCCCCGGAGUCUGGACUUAUGGUCGGAUGCAGAAGAGGCAAGGAGCGGGAAUGCCGUGUCCGGCGCCGUGCCACUGUGAACAAAACGGGAUCUUGGUCAUGGUGGACUGCUCGGAACUGGGACUGUCGUCGGUGCCGAGCGACAUCAGUCCUCUCGCUACUUAUCUGGAUCUGAGCAUGAAUAACAUCAGUGAGAUCCAGCCCAGAGCCUUCCACGGACUGCACCUGCUAACAGAACUGCGAAUCUCUGGGAAUCAGCUGAAAUAUAUCUCAGGCCAUUCUCUCCAGGGUCUCCACAACCUUAAAGUUUUGAUGCUGCAAAACAAUCAGCUUGAAAGGCUUCCUGGUGAGGCUGCGUGGGACUUACCCAACCUGCUGUCCCUGCGUCUGGAUGCAAACCUACUGUCUGAAGUUCCUGCUGGUGCCUUCAGAGGAAUGCGCUCUCUGAGGCACCUGUGGCUGGAUGACAACUCCUUGACAGAGAUCCCAGUGACCGCCCUGGAUUCGCUGCCCUCCCUACAGGCCAUGACCCUGGCCCUCAACCAGAUCACGCAUAUCCCAGAUUAUGCGUUUUCCAACCUCUCUGCACUCGUUGUACUACAUCUCCACAACAACCAGAUCCAGAUGAUGGGUGGGAGAUGCUUUGAAGGUUUACAAAGUCUGGAAACUCUGGAUUUAAAUUACAAUGAUCUCCAGGAGUUCCCCGUGGCGAUCAAGACACUGAGUAAGCUCCAGGAACUGGGCUUCCAUAACAAUAACAUCAAAGCCAUCCCAGAAAGAGCCUUUGUUGGGAAUCCUCAGCUCCAAACCAUCCAUUUUUAUGAGAACCCUAUCCAGUUUGUGGGAAAAUCAGCUUUCCAGUUCUUACCGAAGUUGCACACACUUUCUCUGAACAGAGCGACCCUAAUUCAAGAGUUUCCGGACCUGAAAGGAACCACAAGCCUGGAAGUUUUGACUCUGACUCAAGCCGGUCUCUCAGCUCUGCCUGUGGGUCUAUGCGAGCAGCUUCCUCGCCUCAGAGUAAUGGAACUGUCCUACAACCUGAUACGGCAUCUGCCAAGCUUUUAUCACUGCUCAGAACUCCAAGAAAUAGGUCUUCAGCAUAACGAAAUAACAAUGCUGGAGUCCAGCACUUUCCAGCAGCUCACCUCUCUGAGAACGCUUGAUUUGAGUUGGAACAAGAUAGAGUGGAUCCAUGCGGAUGCCUUUGCCUCGUUGCAUUCCUUGGUCAAACUGGACCUGACUGAAAACAGGCUUAGCUCAGUGCCGUCUGCGGGAUUGGGGAGUCUCACUCAUCUCAAACUCAGAGGCAACCCAGCGUUGUACGACACCUUCAUCCCUGAUCGCUUCCCUCAUAUGAGGGUGAUCGAGAUGCCGUACGCCUACCAGUGCUGUGUGUAUGGUUCCUGUGAUAGCUACAAGUCAGCCAACCAGUGGGACGCCGAGCAAAGCAACAGCGACCAAGAUCUUCACAAGAGAACUGUGGCCAGUUACCCAAUUCCUGGUGACACACGAUAUGAUCCUGAUCUGGAAGAAUUCCAGCUAGAAAUAGAAGAGUCCAAACUCCAGGCCAGCGUCCAAUGCACACCCACACCAGGUCCUUUCCGUCCAUGUGACACUCUUCUGGGAAGCUGGUUGGUUCGUGUUGGGUUAUGGACCAUCUCUGUCGCGGCUCUACUGGGGAACUCCAUACUACUCCUCUCGUUGUUCAGCUCGCCCUGCUCCAUGUCGCCACUGAGAUUCACCGUGGCCUGCAUGGGCGCCUCUAAUCUGCUGACGGGCUUCUGCACGAGCACCCUGGCCCUGAUAGACGUUCUAACAUCGGGGGAGUUUAGCCACUAUGGCGCCCGCUGGCAAGGAGGUCCUGGUUGUCAGGUGACGGGAUGGCUGUGGGUGUUUGCUUCCGAGGCAGGCGUUCUGCUGCUGACGCUCGCGGCGGUGCAGUGCGGAGUGAGCGUGACAUGCGGUUAUGCAAAAUCACCCUCGCUCAGAUGUGUACGCACAUCCGCGGUUUUCUGCGUCGGUCUUUCUUUCGUCUUAGCUUGUUUCCCGAUGCUCGGAAUCGGAGAGUACGGAUCCUCGCCUUUCUGCUUACCGACGCCUUUCCCUCCUUUGACUUCUCAGGCGCCAUCUGCCUUGAUCUUUCCUUUGAUGCUUAUUAUGAUGAACAUCUUGUGCUUGCUCAUAGUAACAUGUUCAUACAUCCGACUGUACUGGGAAUUACUCCGAGGGGAAUGUGAAGGAAUGUGGGAUUGCGCUAUGAUCAAACAUGUUGCCUGGCUAAUCAUCACAAACGGACUCAUCUAUGUACCGGUGGCUUUCCUCUCCAUCUGCUUCCUGCUGGGUCUCCUCUCUCUCGACGAGGAGGUUUUGAAAUCGGUGCUGUUGCUUCUGCAGCCUCUCCCCGCUUGCUUGAAUCCCUUCAUUUUCCUCCUUUUUACACAACACUUCCCGUAUUUUUUCUGGUCCCGCCCGAAAACUCCUCUUCAGCUUCGCAGGGAACGCACCUUAGACUCGCUUGUUUCCGUGGAGACGGAGAAGAGCUCCUGCUCCGAUUCUUCAACACAGGCGUCGCUCGCUGAUGUGGAUACCCUCUGCUGUAGGGUCUCCUCGAGUCUCCACACUCAAACGGACGCUAUUAGAUUUUCCCACUGCUCCUCCACUUCCUCGGUUCCUCUGAUCAGUUCUCAGACAAGCGGCGGCAGAGAAGAACAACAAGGGAACCUCGACGAAAAGGGACUUCUAAAGAAUCGAGAUGUUCACAACAGUCGCCCGAUGCAUCGCUUAACCACGACUCACUACUCCGUUGCCCCAAAUCCAUGAACUAAGUUAACUGCCAGAAAAGUUGGCGCAUUGCAGGCACUCGUGGGUCUUCGUGUACGGGAAGACCGGUUCUGGGCCUCAGAGACCUUUGCGAGGAUGGAAGUCAUGACAAGCCAAUGAGCGGCAGAGUGCCUUUUAAAAAAAAGGGGCGGGACAACAAGACGUUUCCUCUGCAAUAAGGAAUCAAACAUGGGAUUGUGCUUUGUUAUAAACAAUGACAUUUUAGAACCUAUUCAGACUUGUAUGUAUAUCUACGACAAAAGUCAAGUCAAAACUGAAAUUGUAUUCAAAGGGAAAUACAUCUUUGAAGAACUAAAAAAAUUCUAUGUAUAAAUCUUUAUAUUGAGGUAUUGAUUCUGGGGUUUAGAAGUCUCUGAUAAAUACAAAUUGACUUUCUAUUCUUAUUUUCUUACUGGAUAAUAAAGAAUUUAUUGUCUCUUCAGGUAAUUAACCAGAGCUAAGCUAACAUUUCACAUGUCAGUAAUUUUUUUUUUAAUAUGUUCAACAAAGUUAUAGACUUGGAUUGUUUCUUAUAAACAACUACACAUAAUACACAUAAUAGACCGACAGGGGAUGUAGCUAUUCUAUCCAUCAGCCGUGUGUAAAUACAAAUGUAUAAUACAACUACCUCUAAACAAGGACAAUAUUGACGUGCUACAGCUUUUUAAAAAUGGUGUUUUAUAUAUAUAUAUUACAAUAUGAAUGCAAUUCCUUUAACAAAAUAUACAAUCAUAUGUUGCUAUUUAGGCUGUACAUACUACUGUGUAUACAAGUGGAGCUUAUGUUUGAAUAAA